CGAACCGAUACAGAGAGUAGAGACGAGAGAAUUUCCCCGGAAAAAGAAACUUCUUAAUUUUCUGUUUGGCUCCUGAGUCUUGCGAUUCAUUCUCUUCCCUUCCCCCUCUCUUCUUCUCCCCUUUUUAUUUUUCUCUCACUUUCUCUUGAGUAACUCUCUCGCGCGGCUGCUCGCCAUUCCAAUCCCGUGAUCAAAUUCAAAGUUUUGAUCCUUUAAUUACUUCGGUUCACAUUUCUGGGUUCGGCUCCCAGCAACGGAGGAGCUGCUCUCUCGUCUCGGUUCGUGAUUUCCGCUGAAAAAAUGGAAUCUCUGUGGUUUGGUGGGGCAAUUUGGGCAAUGCCAUUGCUUUGUUAGGGAUUUCGCUCUCGAGAGAAUUGAACUGGUUCGAAUCGAGAGCCCCUUUUUUACCCCCAAAAGAAAGAAAAAAACUCAAUUUUUUUCUUUCGAUGAAGCGGCGAUGAGGAGAAGAAGAGAGGAAUGGAGAUUAGAUCUGAGAGCGUCGGGUUGAGGUCGGAGAAGCUUGGUGGGUCGAGUCCAGUGAUCCCUAGGAAAAGGUUGCAGGUGUGGUUCAUAAGAGUUUGCUCCAGUAUUCUCGUAUGGACUUGCUUGGUUCAGUUAGUGGCAGUUGGGGAGCUCUGGCACCCACGUUUCAUCACUAAUUUAACUACUAGAUUCUCUCAGAUCGCCGGGCCUCUUCACGUUCAAGUCGCCGUUCAGCCACCGCCUCCUCUUCCUCCACCCAGAAAUUAUACCAGUAAUGGUUUCCUUAAGGUGUCCUGCAAUGGGGGUUUGAAUCAAAUGCGCUCAGCGAUUUGUGACAUGGUGGCUGUUGCUCGGCUAUUGAACCUUACUUUGGUUGUUCCAGAGCUUGAUAAAACGUCUUUUUGGGCUGACCCCAGUGAUUUUGAAGACAUCUUUGAUGUGAGACAUUUCAUUGACUCGCUGAGAGACGAAGUUCGAAUUGUUAGAAGACUGCCAAAGAGGAUUAGUAAGAAGUAUCGACAUGGAGUAUUGGAGAUGCCACCUGUUAGCUGGUCAAAUGAAAAUUACUACUUACAGCAGAUUUUGCCACUUUUCAACAAGUCAAAGGUGUUGCACUUUAAUCGUACAGAUGCACGCUUGGCUAAUAACAUGAUUCCACUUGAACUUCAGAAGCUCCGGUGCCGUGUUAAUUUUCAGGCACUAAAAUUCACUCCUCAAAUUGAGAGUUUGGGGCACAAAUUGGUACACAUUCUUCAUCAAAGGGGACCUUUUAUGGCUUUGCAUCUAAGAUAUGAGAUGGACAUGUUGGCCUUCUCUGGUUGUACCCAUGGUUGUACACAGGAAGAAGCCAAAGAGCUCAAACGGUUAAGGUAUGCAUAUCCUUGGUGGAGAGAAAAGGAGAUAAACUCUGUGGAGAGAAGAUCCCAAGGUUUAUGCCCUCUAACGCCAGAAGAAGCAGCAUUAGUUUUACAAGCAUUAGGGGUUGACAAGCAAACUCAGAUAUAUGUAGCAGCGGGUGAAAUAUAUGGCAGUGAGCGAAGGCUUGCAGCAUUAAGAGCUGCUUUCCCUCGUAUUGUGAGGAAGGAAACACUAUUAGAUCCAUUGGAGCUGCAGCAGUUCCAGAACCAUUCAUCUCAAAUGGCUGCCCUGGAUUUUAUGGUCUCAGUAGCUAGCAAUACUUUUGUUCCCACAUACGAUGGAAACAUGGCUAAAGUGGUUGAAGGUCAUCGCAGGUAUCUUGGAUUCAAAAAGACUAUCCUGCUUGAUCGAAGAAAACUCGUAGAGCUGCUGAAUUUGCAUCAGAAUGGUACACUCCCAUGGAAUGAAUUCACAGUCGCUGUCAGGGAGGCACAUGAGAAAAGGAUGGGGCAGCCAAUUCGCCGCAGGGUUAUCCCAGACAAGCCAAAGGAGGAGGAUUACUUCUACUCAAACCCUCAAGAGUGUCUUUGUGAGGCAAACAAUUGCGAUGACCUACUUGGCACGGGUAACUCCUACUCCAGUUCUGUCCCCUGAUGAUGAUGGCAUGGCAAAGUGUUGUAGCUCAUGACACAUCCAGGAGGGAAGCUCGCAAAGGAGGCGAGGUGUCCCCCUCUCAAUGUUAUGCACAGGCAUUUGGUGGCUUUAAUGGCUGCAAUGAGACUCAGAAGUUUAUACACACAAGUUCAGGCUCUUUGUAAGACACAGCAAGGAAAAGGUGAUGCCCCAUUUAUUACCUUUUUUUUUUUUUUUUUUUUUUACCUUUGUCGAUAGUUUUUUAUUCUUUUUGUUUUCCCCCACAUUUCCUUAUUGCGAAGAUCACUGAGUGUUAGAUAAUAUCACGGUUCCAUAGUUGCAAGUGUAGCAUUCUCAUUUUCCUGCUCAAGAACAUUUGGUUGUAAGCCUCUUGUAGUCACACUGCCCACAUCAAAGAAAAAAGAAUUUCCUCUAGCAAUACAUACAUCGACUUUGG